AUGGAUAAUUUUUUAAUCUAUGAAGAAAUUCAUAAACGUGAUGCUUGUGUUGUUUAUCGAGGUCGAAUAAAACAAUCCAUUGAUUUUGUAAUGAUCUAUUGUGUUGAAAAACAUAAACGACAUGAACUAAGUAAUCUCGUUCGAUUAAUGUAUGAGCUUGAUCAUCCACAUGUGAUGAAAUUUCGAGAAUGGUACGAAACAACAAAUCAUCUUUGGCUUGUUAUGGAUUUAUGUGAUGGUGGUUCACUCAAGUCAAUUAUACAAGCAGAUGGAGCAUUACCAGAAACAUCGAUACGUAUUAUUGGUGUUAAUAUAUGUCAAGGCCUAUAUUAUCUUCAUCAACAAGAUAUUAUUUUUUGUGAUCUUAGUCCAGAUAAAAUCGUUUCGGAUGGUUCGAAUAUAUUUAAAUUAGGAAAUAUGACAUUAUCAAGAAUGAAAGGAGAACAUUUACAAACAAUUUUUGAUGAAACUUAUGAUAAUUAUCUUGAUGAUGUUUAUCGUGGAAAAGAACGACCUAAAGCACAAGCUGAGAAUUUUUUUUAUACUGCACCGGAAGUACUUCGUGGUGGUGAACAUACUAUUAGUUCAGAUUUAUGGUCAGUUGGAUGUAUUUUAUAUGAAAUGAUUGCUGGUCGACAAUUAUAUGAUGAAAAAAAUACUAAUAAAUUAACACAAAAAAUUCUUAAUGAUCGUUUGGUUUUACCAACAACAAAAGGUUCAACAAAAUUAUCAAUUGAAUUUACUAGUCUAUUACAAGGUUUACUUGUUAAAGAAUCAUCGAAAAGAUUGGAUUGGCCUGCAGUAUUGACUCAUCCAUUUUGGGCUGGUCAGUUAACUCAUCUUGUUCGACCACAAACAGGUGUAACGAAGAAGAAUGUGAAUAAAAGUGACGCACUCGAUCGUUCAGCAAUAUCAUCUCGAUUAGCACCAACUGAUCGACCUGAAUCGAAUGUCUCAUUUAGUUUAAGUUGUACAAAAACAUCUAUUCAAUUAACUCAACCGCAUAAAACAGUUGAAGUCGAUGGUAAUAAAACAUUAACAAACGAUCGUUCAUCCAUAAAUACACAUGAACAAUCGACAGCAAUUGGUAGUGAAAGUAUUGAACGUAUUCGAAAAAUGCUUUUUUCAAAAGCCGAAUUACAACUAACAUCAAUUGUAGAAAAUCAAAAAAUUCAAAAAACAUUACCAUUUAAAUUCGAAAAUAAAUUAUUGCCAUUUCAAUUAGGAAAAUAUGAGAAUUUGAGUCGACUUUCAUCUGUUGAUCUGCAAGAACACGCUAAUAUGAUUAAAAAAGAACUGUCGAUUACAUCAGCAGGAUCUCCUACAAAUGCAAAUGGAAUGCGUGUUAAAUUAAAUUUACUAAAUUACAUUGGAUCCACUUGUCUUGAACAAACAAAUUCUGGUGCAUUUGCUGAUGUUCUUAUUAUUAAAGAUGUUCAUAAAGAUCUAUUAAAUUUAAUUACAAAUGGCGGUUCAAUGGAAUUGUAA